AUGUAUAUCAAUGAUAGUUCGAAAGAAUUAAACGCCAUCAGAUUUUUUUCUCGCGAAUGUCAUCAAGUUAUAGUUGAAAUAAACCUGCAUUUAAGACUAAAAUUUAUAGUCAUCUAAUUUUCUCGAAGAGAACAACAAAAGGCUUCUAAUAAGAAAAAUAAACAAUUGCAUUGUGAAAUCACAUUCAUUUGAUUGAACGAGAGAUAUCAUGGACUACGGAAAUAACGAGAAUCGUUUUAAUAGCAACCGGUCUUAUAACCGCGAUGGAGGCGACGGCGGUGGUCAUCGCAGCAACUUUUCAGCAUCUGAGCGUUCAGUCAUCCAAAUUCCUGGAACUCAUAUUGGAAAAAUUAUCGGUCCAGCUGGUCGACAUAUUAAUGAUAUGCAGAGACAAUACAAUGUCAGGAUUCAAAUUAACAAGAUGGCAAACAGCGAUGGAACAAAAGAUGCAGAAAUCUCUGGUAAUAAUAUAAAUGAUAUACAAGACGCGAUUAAAGCCAUCAAUGAACAAAUUGAUGCACCAUUUGAGCGUCGAGGUGGUGGCGGCGGAGGUGGUUCUCGGUAUAAUGAUGGACCACAUAGAUUUGGCGGUCAAAGAGAUGGUGACAGAAAUUACGGAGAUCGCAGCGGUGGAUUUUCACGUGGCAGAGAAGACAAUUAAAUUUAACCAAAUUUAAUAUCUUUUUUUUUUUGUAUAUCCACAUAAAAGAAGUUAAAGGAUUUAAAAUUGAACGAAAAAACAUCUCUGAAACGAAGCCUGUUCUUGGGGGAUAACUUUAAAAAUAAAAAUUUAAAAACACUUU